AAAUCGCGAUGACUAUUGUAAUAUGCAAUUUAAGUGAUUUUAUUUGCUAAUGUAAUGAAAAUAUUUAAAUAAAUACCGUUUCUCAAAACCGGAUGUAGCGGAAUGCUCUGUUAGAUCUGCUGCAUUGAUUUUCCCUCCGAGUGGGUUUGAUUCCUGAUAUAUAAACUACCUAUAAGAUGUUUCCAUACUAAUCUGUGCUUGCAUUGAAACAAAGCACCUGACCAUAAAGAUGAAAGCAUUUCAUACUUCUGUGUUUAUUAUGGCCAUAUUUACCACGGUAUUUGCUGUAAAAGAACAUCCUAUUUCCGUGAGUGACACGGGAGAAGGAACAGCCUGUGAUACAGACAUGGAAGUGGCAAAUACGUGUCUUGCAUGUUCCCGUAUAAAUCAAGACAUUGCCGUUCGCAUUACUGAUUGCUGUACAGAAUCGAAGGCAUACACUGUGUGUCAGAUCUGUACAAAAGAUCCUAGCGGUUGUCUGGAAGACGCAAGAAGUAUCUCAAGCGACGAAUAUAUAGAUGAUGGAUCAUCCGAGGAGACCGAAGUAGAUAAGAGAUAUGGUCGAAUGUUUAUGGGAGGCUGGUCGUAUCCAGGACGACAAGAUAAGCGUUAUGGGAAAAUGUUUGUCGGCGGAGGUUACCCUGGUCGAUCGUUCCUCUUUGGCAAACGGAUGAAUAAGAGGUUUGGAAGAGUGUUUUCUAAUGGAUAUGGGUAUCCGUAUCGAUCACCUAGUACAAAGUUUGGCAAACGAUUUGGAAGGCUCUUUACCUCACAGACCGGAGGAAACAAACGGUAUGGAUCGUUGUUUCUGGGAAAGAGCAGGUGGUGAUCAUGUACAUGUAUAUGCCUUGUUGAACAAUAUUUAGGACCUAUUUGUAAAUAAUUGUAAAUAUACACUUAAAGGAUACACCGAAUCGUGCUAGAUUUGCAUAUUUUAUUAGAUAACUAAUGUAUCUUUCUUAUUUUAAAUUUACCACUAGAUAAACUAGAUAUGCAAAAACUUCAAAAAUUAAAACAUGUUUUCCUAAUUUGGGUAAUAUUUUAUCUAGCAAAUUGUACUGUUUUGUGAUAAAAUGAGAACCUGUUUCCAGUUUAUAACUGCAAUAUUCAAUUAUAUCAUUAACUUUUUUUUAUCUUUUGUUAAAGUUAAAUGUCGUAAAUCAGUUAUAUUUCAUACAUUUCUUUGUCGGGAAAAUGUAUCUAUUUAUCAUUAAAUAAUUACAAAGAUAA